AUGAGGUUCACCAGCUUGAUGAUGGCCGCUAGCGCUAUGGGCCUGGUGCACGCAGCCACCAAGCGCGAUGCUUCCGCUAAGAAAUCCGGCUUUACCUGGGUCGGAGCCAACGAAUCCGGCGCCGAAUUCGGCGAGGACAACAUCCCCGGCAAGCUUGACAAAGACUACACCUUCCCCAACACAACCGCUAUCCAGACCCUCCGCGACUCCGGCAUGAACAUCUUCCGUGUGCCCUUCUUAAUGGAACGAUUGGUGCCGGAUGACAUGACUGGUGGUGUGAACGCGGCGUAUCUGAAGGAUUUGAGGAAGACGAUUCAGUUCAUUACGGAGAGCGGGGCAUAUGCGGUGCUGGAUCCGCAUAAUUAUGGGAGAUAUUCUGGGAAUAUUAUCACCAACACGGAUAACUUCAAGGCGUUUUGGAAGACCGUCGCUGGGGAGUUCUCGUCGAACGAGAAAGUUAUUUUCGACACCAACAACGAGUACCACGACAUGGACCAAUCCCUCGUCCUCAACCUUAACCAAGCCGCCAUCAACGGCAUCCGCUCUGCCGGCGCUAAAAACCAAUACAUUUUCAUCGAAGGCAAUGCCUACACCGGUGCCUGGAAAUGGACCGACAACAACGACAACCUCAAGUCCCUGACCGAUCCCCAAGACAAGCUUGUUUACCAGAUGCACCAAUACCUCGACUCGGACGGCUCCGGUACAUCUGAGACAUGUGUCAGCGAUACCAUAGGCAAGGAACGACUGCAGAGCGCGACGCAGUGGCUGAAGAAGAACAGCAAGAAGGGGUUUGUGGGUGAGUUCGCGGGUGGUGUGAAUGAGCAGUGUGAGAAGGCUGUUGAGGGGAUGUUGGAGUAUAUGAAUGAGAAUAGCGAUGUGUGGAUGGGCGCUGAGUGGUGGGCUGCUGGGCCUUGGUGGGGGGAUUAUAUGUAUAACUUAGAGCCGACAGAUGGGCAAGCAUACGGUGCUUAUCUGCCAAUUUUGAAGAAGUACUUUCCUUCUGAGGCUGGUGCUUCGUUGUCGGCUUCGUCUUCGACCUCGACCAAGGCUGUUCGCGUGCCCUUGGUCCGUCCUUCUUCUUCCGGCUCCGGCUCCGUCUCUGCGUCUGCGUCUGCGUCUGCUUCUGCCUCUCCGUCUGGCAAACCAAGCGGCGGUGCUCUGCCUCCUACCAUCCCAGUCUUUGUGCCUACUACAUUUGCCACUGUUGCUUCUGCGACCCCUUCAUCUCUUAUCGCGAGCAGCACUUCGAGCGUUGUCCCCUCCGCUAGCAGCUCUGGAGGCGUUGCGAACAAGUACGGACAGUGCGGCGGGAUUACUUGGACUGGGCCGAAGACUUGUGAGAGUGGGAGCUCUUGUAUUAAGCAGAAUGCUUAUUAUUCGCAGUGUCAGUGA